AUGGAGGAGCAAAUUCAGAGAGGCCACUGCAAAUGGUUUGACUCGAAGAAGGGCUUCGGGUUUAUCACCGCCGAAGACGGCACUGACCUCUUCGUCCAUCAGACGGAGAUCAAGGCUCAAGGCUUCAGAAACCUUGCUGAGGGAGAGAGUGUGGAGUUCCGUGUCCAAGUUGGCCACGAUGGAAAGAGAAAGGCUGUUGGCGUGACUGGCCCGAACGGUGGUUUCGUGCAGGGUGAACCACGACGCAUGGACGCCGGCCGCGGGGGCUACCGCGGAGACGGCAACCAAGGCCCCAGAUACGGUGGCAACGCCGGUGGUUACAAUGGGGGAUACAACAAUGGGUAUGGCAACCCCGCCCCUGGCGGCUAUGGCUAUUAA